AUGGCGGUACACAGCCAAGGUAGGGGCGUGGCCGCAUUGAACCCAGGCGAUGCACCAAAAUGGUGCUGUGUGGUGGUUCAUUGUUCUAACAGUCUUUGUCGUACCGUACAGCGUGGACAACAUAUACAACUUGAUGCCCGUCGUCGAGUAACCCAAGGACGAAGCAACUGUGUCAAAUCUUCAAUUACUCUGCAAAGGAAGCCUGAGAUGUCUUUGGUGACCAUCAAAAGAUCUGAUGAUGAUAAGUCUAUUCUUUUUAACGUAGAAAAAGACGUGAAACCUCUAGUUUCUGGUCCUGUGAUAAAAAUUGAUGAGGAAGCUGAAAGUAAGCCGAGUACCAUAAAUGAAGAAUGUGGACCUCCAGACUCGGGCACUGUACUAUUUGCCACAGAUCUCAUGGAUUGUAAACCAUCCAAUAUCGUAUCAGAAGAAAAGGUUAUUUUCCCGAGAAAUUAUUCUUCUCUUCCUACUAGAAAACGAAUUACCAGCAUGCCUAGUUCCACAAAUUCGCGAAAACUAGUUCUCUUGGCUCCAUGUACCUCUAGGGCUAUUCGUAUCCCUUCCGUCCCUAUGCCCUUUCUCGCUCAGAGGGAGCAGCCUAUAGUUCUGGUCGGAUGUGAUGUACAAAAGAAUCUUUCUGUAACUCCGAUGCAGCUGGUUCCCAUCCGAGUUCGCCAGCCUUUACGCUUCACUGUAGCUUCAGAUGCAACACCGCAAUUUGUCUGCUUUUCCACUCCUUCGUCAAGUGUCCCAAUACAGCUGGUGCCGCCAUCUAACCCUCCUUCCACCGAAGAGCCUCCAAAAAAUGAUGAGACAUCGAAACCGAAAUUCCCUGGAAGAAGAUACAUGAGCAAGAGAGGAUCUCGUUCCGUGAUGUGCUAUGAAAUUCCUGGCACUAGAUGGUCUUAUAUUUUCGCAAUGGAG